GAGCUGGGAUAAGACAGAGCAAAGUGAGUAUUUGGGGGAGCUAAUCAUGGAGCAAGAGAGGAAAAGAGAAGUAAAACAGCACAAAGAAGUGAAAGCCAUGAAAAGAAACUGCUUUAAGUGACCAGGUGGUGAGUGAGGAGCUGGUGGAGGCUCUGAGGGGGCAGCCAGGGCACGGGAGGGCAGGGUCUGCAGGAUGUGCCAGGGCAGAGCCUGGAUCUUCCCUGAUGUGUUGGGAAAGACGGGAGGAGAGAUUGCACCAAAACUAAACCUCGGUUUUGUGGGAGCAGGAGGAGAAAUGAUGAAAGAACCCAAAUUUCACAACCCUAAAGGAUCAGGGACAGCAGCCACCACUGGUGGCCCCAGGUGAGGGGGAGAUGGAUGAGUGCCCUGGGAGCUUGGUACGUGCCACCAUGGCACUGAGGGGACAUUGGCACUGGUGUGUGACCCUGCCACGUGGAGAAGGAUGGGCAGGCGAGGAUCUGCAUCAGGAAAUGAGCCUGAGGGACCUGAGCCUGGCCCAAAGGGCUGGACUUAAAAACCAGAGGUUCUGAAGGGCUGGAGGAGAGUUUGGCUCCCAGCAGCAGCGCUGGAGAGGGACCCUGAGCACGCCAUGACAGCGUAGGCCGGCGGCGAGACAUGGAUCGGUUCAGCGAGUGCGGGACGCAGACGGACGCCGUGGUGGUGCUGUCCCUGGCACAGGCUGCCGUCCUGGGCCUGGUGUCCGACAAUGAGCUGCUCGGGGCCACCGUCACCCCUGCCGGCUUCUUCCCGGGGCUGGCCGGGGAGCAGCUGGACAAUGCCACCGUGGAGCCUGGGGAGCCCGAGGGUGAGGAGCAGGCGGCCGGGGACGGGCAGGACGAGGAUGCCCUGGAAGCAGACUCCUCCCUGGAGAAACAUGCCCGGAGGAGGAAGAGGCCACCUGUGAGGCUGAUGCCCAAGGUCAAGAGCGAGAAGGCAGAGGUGGAGGCUGAGCCGCCGUACAACGUGCCGGUCCCCGGGGACGAGGAGGGCGAGGGGCAGCCCGGCCACGCUCCCCAGCCCCCCGAGCCCAGCCAGGAGCCGGCGGGGCAGAGCGGUGCCGUGAACAUGAUCGACCUGGACACGUUCAGCAGGAAGCCCCGACGCCUGCGGCACCUGCGCCGGCACCGGGAGCUGGAGGGCACCGAGCGCCGGCGCAGGGGCAGCGACCUGGCCAGCAGCACCGUGGGGGCCCCACAAACCGUGGGCACCUUCGAGGCGAGUGCCCCAUCCCCUGGUGAGGCGGAGGCCCCGGCGCCGGCGUCCCCCGAGCAGGUGAAGAGCGAGCAGGGCUGUGGCUGGCAGGAGCCGGGGGAGCUGGAGGCGGCCGGCGGCACCAGCGAGCACAGCAGGAAGGCGCAGCUGGACCGGCUGGACAUCAACGUGCAGAUCGACGACUCCUACCUGGUGGAGGCGGGCGACCGCCAGAAGCGCUGGCAGUGCCGCAUGUGCGAGAAGUCCUACACCUCCAAGUACAACCUGGUGACCCACAUCCUGGGCCACAACGGCAUCAAGCCCCACUCCUGCCCGCACUGCAACAAGCUGUUCAAGCAGCCCAGCCACCUGCAGACCCACCUGCUGACCCACCAGGGCACGCGGCCCCACAAGUGCGGGGUGUGCAGCAAAGCCUUCACUCAGACCAGCCACCUGAAGCGGCACAUGCUGCUGCACACCGACAUCAAGCCCUACAGCUGCCGCUUCUGCGGCCGCGGCUUCGCCUACCCCAGCGAGCUGAAGGCGCACGAGGUGAAGCACGAGAGCGGGCGCUGCCACGUGUGCGUGGAGUGCGGGCUGGACUUCUCCACGCUCACCCAGCUGAAGCGGCACCUGGCCACGCACCAGGGCCCCACGCUCUACCAGUGCCUGGAGUGCAGCAAGUCCUUCCACUACCGCAGCCAGCUGCAGAACCACAUGCUGAAGCACCAGAACGUCCGGCCCUUCGUCUGCACCGAGUGUGGGAUGGAGUUCAGCCAGAUCCACCACCUCAAGCAGCACUCGCUCACGCACAAGGGCGUGAAGGAGUUCAAGUGCGAGGUGUGCGGGCGGGAGUUCACCCUCCAGGCCAACAUGAAGCGGCACAUGCUGAUCCACACCAGCGUCCGGCCCUACCAGUGCCACAUCUGCUUCAAGACCUUCGUGCAGAAGCAGACGCUCAAGACGCACAUGAUCGUGCACUCACCAGUGAAGCCCUUCAAGUGCAAGGUCUGUGGGAAAUCCUUCAACCGCAUGUACAACCUGCUGGGGCACAUGCACCUGCACGCCGGCAGCAAGCCCUUCAAGUGUCCCUACUGCUCCAGCAAGUUCAACCUCAAGGGCAACCUCAGCCGGCACAUGAAGGUCAAGCACGGGGUGAUGGACAUCAGCCUGGACAGCCAAGAUGCCAUGAUGGAGCUGGCCGGGGCUGACCACGCCGAGCUGGAUGGCCAGCAGGAGAUGGAUGACUUCGAGGAGGAGAACUCUUACGGCUACGGGGCUGUGGGCAACCCCCCAGACGAGCUGGCCGAGCAGGCCAUGAAGGAGAUGGCCUACUACAACAUGUUGUAGCCAAGGCUGGUGGGGCUGUGGGGGCUUGCUGGGGUUAAAAGGGGCUGCAGCACCCAGCCAGGCCCCCCAGAGUUGGAGGGGUGGCUUCCACUGGGCUUGGGAAACGCAGGGAUGUCCAGAAGACUUUGCUGGACCUGCCUUGGCUCUGUUGCUGCCCCCCUGCCCCUGCCUGCACCCUGCACCUGAGACUUGAAGCUGCAGGCAGGGGAGAUAUGACCCAGCAGAUCACUGAAUAAGGAUGGAAGGGGCUGCUGUGGAGCAUGAUGAUGAGCAUCACUAAUUAUUCUACCUCCUGGGUCCCCCCUUCGCUGCACAGGGGUUCCCCCUGACGGGCAGAAGCCCCUGCCCACAUGAGGAGGUGGGUUUGCAUUUCCCACUCGCCCCGGGGCUCCCUGCCAGCCCCUGGGAUGCAGAACAGAGUAUUUUCAUAGAAGCUCAGGGCGCAGUCAGCGCCCACAGCUCCGGGUCUGGAGCUGCAGCCAGCGGUGGAUCCGGGGGAGGCAAACCUAGCCCAGCCCCAGCAAAUGAUGGUAUUUUGAAAGUAAUUUAUUUUUUUCAGAUGUGCCGCGUGGUUGGAUUUAUCUUUUCACUGAGUUCAGUUCCCUUCAACCAAUGUGCUUUGUAAACCCG